AUGCCCAUAUGCGCAAUAUUUGGUUGCCGAGCAAGAAGCAAGAGUGCAAAGAGGGCCAGCUGCGAUGGAACAGACGUUGGAUUGCACAGUUUGCCUAAAAUAAUAACUCGGCAGUGUGAAAGGACGAGGAUUCUCUCCGAAAAACGCAGGGGUCUCUGGCUUGCCAGUAUUAAUAGAAAAGACCUAAAGAAUCUGGAAAAUGUCCGUGUCUGCGGUCGCCACUUCAUCACAGGCAGGCCUUCGCAGUUGAUGGACGAUUCAAACCCUGACUGGGCUCCGACGCAGCAUCUGGGUCACGGUAGUGACAGACCAGUGACAGAUGUAGCGAGGUUCAAGCGUUCGAAGGAGCGCAGCAAAAAAAAAGAAAGGGCCAUUGCCGCAGCCAGCGUAGCAGUGCAGCACCCGGAAAGUCAGCCGGAAUGUGGAAUGGAGCUUCCAGUUUCCACUUCGGAUUCGGAGUCAGACAAAACUCAUACUGAUAUGCAGACAGAUUUGACGGGGCAAAGCAUCGAAGCACUCGAGGCAGACAACAGGAGGCUUUCUUCCGAAUUGCACACCUUAAAGAAGCAAAAAGAGCUUCUUGAAGUAACGGAAGAGUCUCUGCGUCAAGAUGAUGCCAAGGUUGCUUUUUAUACGGGAAUUGUGAACUAUCCAGCCCUACUAGCUAUAUUCGAACUGGUUGAGCCUGCUGUUAAACAUACACCACAAAAUGGGCUGCCAAAGUUUGAGGAGUUCAUUAUGUUUUUAAUGAAACUUAAGUUUAACUUUCCGCACCAAGAUCUGGCCUACAGAUUUCAUAUUUCAUGUUCUACAGUCAGCAGGACUUUCGAGAAGUGGCUGGAUGCAGCUUUUGUAAGGCUGAAAACGCAAAUUGUGUGGCCGUCACGAAGGGACAUUCAAAAAACAAUGCCUCAAGCUUUUUUGACCUCAUUUGGCUCUAAAGUGGCAGUCAUAAUUGACUGCUUCGAGAUCAAAAUUGAGAGGCCAUCGUCCUUGCAGCCAAGAAGCGAGACUUGGUCUAACUAUAAGAACAGCAACACUGCCAAGUUUUUAAUUGGCAUCUGUCCACAAGGGGUCAUUUCAUACAUUUCUGAAGGGUGGGGCGGGAGAGCAAGCGAUAAACACAUUACCGAACAUUGCGGCAUUUUGGAGCAUUUGUCACAAGGAGACGUUGUUCUCGCUGACAGGGGUUUCGACAUAGCGGACACCUUAGGUUUGUACUGUGCUGUACUCCACAUCCCUGCAUUCACUAGAGGACAGAAACAACUCACUGCAGUGGAUGUAGAGAAGACGAGGAAGCUGGCGAAUGUUCGCAUCCAUGUUGAGCGCGUAAUAGGACUUGUACGGAACAAAUACUUGAUAAUGAAGGCUAUCCAGCCAAUUCAUUAUGUCAUUAGCAAGCCCGGACAUGCAUUCACUGCACUUGAUAAAAUUGUUACAGUUUGCUGUGCCCUCACCAACCUUUGUCCUUCGGUCGUCGCUGCAAAUGCCAAACUGCCUCCAUAAAUAGUCCUGCUGCUGUUCUUUGCCGAUUGAACAUCUUCAUUUGUGACUUUUUUAUGCGAUAAAGACUCACCCUCAAGGUAUAUUUCUUGACCAACAGCACUAGCUAGUGGAGGGGC